GGCGGUUGUGGAGGGGGGGCAAACCGAUUAGAGCGGCAGGGCUGCCAACCGAACAGUUGGAGUUGGGUACAGUGCCGGUCCAGAUCAGCGGUCCGAGAGAAAUUAGGUAAACGAGAGAUCCUUCGAAACACCAAUCAACAUGCUUCUCCACAAUCACCUCGACAUGAUAGGGCGAAAUGAACCAAUCCAGAGGAAAGCCAGAUUCUGGCAAUCCUACGUCAGGGCUCUCAAAGGGCCAAAGUAUCCUAUGAGUGAACGAAAAGUCUGUUUCUCCCAAAGUGGUGCACACUCGAUAAGUACUGACGACAUCAGAGCUCCAGAGGCAAGCCACUACUCAAGGUACCCUUCUCCAAGGGGUAUCUUCCGCCCGUUGGCUGAAUUCCCAACAUUCAAGUCAAUUUUCGACGACCCCAUUGCCCCGUCUGACAGGAUCUCUUCCCCUGGCUAUCGUUACCUCCCCAUCUCCCGUGACACUUACGGCCUCUCCCCAAGGAACAUCUACCCCCAUCACUAUAGCAGCCUCGACCGUGUCCCCCGUUACGAUCGCGACUAUUCCAACCAAAUUCAAGGAGAAUUUAAGCUUGAUCAACAUGGUCAUUUCCAAUACGAGUACUUCAAGGCACCUAGUGAUUGGGACGCAGAGGAAGGCCGAGAACCUGACCAGAAAUACUUGAACCCAGCCUACAGGAGGCGAGGACUCCCCCUUAUCAAGGAGUACGAGAUUGGGCCAGACGGAUCCAAAGUUCCUCUGUACACCCAUACUGGACACCCCAUCUACAGUCGAGGAGGCUUCAAGAGACCAAUGACUGAACUUUACGAACCGAGCCCAUGGAUCCCAAUCAGCCGGGAGACAAGGGUCCCAUGGUGGUGGUCAUACCCACAGUACAGACCCUUCGAGGCACCCUACGUACCGAUGAAGCACAGCCCAUACUUCCUCAGGGACAGCUUCCUCUCCCCCGUCAAAAGGUCUUACUUGUGGAAGCAGCACCCAAUCCGUCCCUUCAGUGAAUAUGAGAUUGGUGAUGAUGGAAGAAAAUAUCCUUUGUACGGUUAUAGUGGCAAGCCGACCUACUUGGGAAGUGGAGAAUGGUUGCGUCCACUGAGGGAUCUGUUGGAACCGAGCCCUCACAUGCCCUUAUCCAGGAUCACCCGUGAUCCCUGGUGGUGGUCCUACAUCAACUGGAAACCUACCCCCUACAUCCCGCUGAAGCACCUGCCCUCCUAUCUCAGGAACAGUUAUCUUUCCCACAUUAAGAGGAAUUACCUGUGGAACAAGCAUCCUAUCCGACCGUUCUUCAAUAAACCCCUGUCUCUGAUCUACUAAAACUUCACAAAUUACCAAGCCUCUUUUUGUCGGAAAUUUGUAUUGCUUACUAAAAAUUAUGGUUCAAUUGAAUACCCUUGAUGUCUAUACUUUACUUGAUUAGUUUUUUUUCAAUGUGUGUUUCUGAAAUUAAAAAAAAAUAAUUGAACAGCUACUACUUAAAAAGAUUAGAACUAAAUCAGUGAAUAUAUGAUUAAUGGUUAGUUAAUCACAUAUUCAUCUUUUAUUUAUAAAUAUAUUUUUAAAAAAAAUCAAACUUGGAGUAUAAUAUCUAUAGGAUUUAUAUAAAUUUGUACCAAAAACGGAACAUGGCCAUUUAACUAUAUUUACUAAAAUGUAAAGCUUUUCAUUGCUCAAUGUACAAACACUGCCAACUAUUAGACAUUCCACUGCUCACAAUAAUGGACCAAAAUAAUUAUAAAUAAUAGACAUCUUGAUUGUUCAAAAUAAUAGUAAACAAUGUAUGAGUAGUUUUUUUAAUAUUAACUUCAAUUUAACAAGUAAAACUAAGUUUUUCAGCUUCUAAGGAAUGUAUUUAUAUCCCAAAAAAUUAAAUAAUUAAUUUAAUAUAGAUUUUUAAUGAUCUUGUUCUAAUUAUUUUAAUAAAUGAAACAAGCAAUCUAUUUUUUGACAUGUUCCGAAUGUAAACAAGUUAAAAUUUGACUAAAAGGGUACUUCAAUUGACUAUUAAAUGGAAUGAAAUGGGAUGACUUAGAAUUUAUUAAUAAGAAAAAGCUUUUUAUGAGAACUCAAAUGAAAUUGAAGACUGUUGAAAUUAAAAAGAGAUUAUUUUUUUACAAUCAGAAAAAUGCCUGUAUAUAAUUUAUAGACUUAAAUUAUAUUUUUGUUAAUUAUUUAUUGUCCAUUCAAUGACUGUAAAUAAAUGUUUUAUUAUUCUC